GUGUUAACCAAUGUUUUGUUCCCUGUCAAGCGCUUCGAGCCUCACUGUGCAGUACGGUGCGCGCUGUGCCAAUAGUGACCUGCGUCGCCAUGACUCUGCUUGAUCUCCCUCGUCCACGGCGUGACCUGCGUCGCGCACAGAGCUCGAAGACGAGACGGGAGUCCACGCAGAAGCCGCUCAUCCACGAUCUCCCAGGAGUUGUCGCAUCUCUUUCUCGUGCGCGGUCCUUGCCACCCGUGCGCGGGAGCCGGAGGGAAGCCAUAGCCUCUCCGGAGACGAGCCCCAAGAACACAGAGCCCAGGUGGCAGAAACACGCCUCGCGCUUGCAGAAGCUAUUGGCAGAGACAGACUGCGAGCUGGUGGCGGAGAACACGUUCAUCUCGGUGUCGCCCAAUUGUUGUUCUGCUGGCGCACGGAGCCGCAGCAUGCCCGCGCAGGUGGAUGAUUACUGUGACCGUCCACGCAGCGGUACUGCCACCCCAGAACCAUGGGAAAGAGAGGAUACGCAGGAGCAGAGCUCAGUUGGUCCCUUUGGACAGGAGGGACAAGGCAUUCCGCUUCAAGCUGUGCACUGCGUGCAAUUCGCGCCGUCAGACUCGCCAGAUUUGAUACGGUGGCUGAUGGAACAUGCUAUGAGCCACUUGGCCGGGCAUUCUUCUCACUUGGCUUGGAGCACUCCAAGCUUUGAAUCUCUUCAUACAAAAACAGCACGGCACAUCAUGGCAGGUUCUGCAGCCCGCAUUGCGGCCUUGGAGGAGCGUGCUUCUGUGGCUGCAAGAUGCAAUCAAAGGUCAAGACCACCUGGGGUUCCACAGGGCUCCUGUGCAUGGUCGCACAAGUUCAGGAGCUUCAGCAACAAUGCAAGAACACACGUUUCACAUGCUUGCUGAAGGCAUUUUUGAUGUGGGCUUGACUAGGAUAUCGGAUAUCGGAUAUAUGCUAUAAAUAUAUAAUAUCCAUCAGAACCAUCAUGAAUCAUGCAUAUGGUUUGGACACCCAAAACGGCCACCUGUGUGGACCCUAGGUGGCCCACUUGGAACUCUUGAACUCCCAGCUUCACGCGGCCUAUAUCCACGCGGACGCCUGGCGAGAUCAUUAGGCCGAUCUCCGUGUCCCUUCUCCUCGACCUCUGAGUGGCACUUUUGCGGUCGUGGAAAUUCUGGCACAGGCACUCAGGCACUUUUGGAAUCAAAACAAACCGCACUUUGGCAGUCCUUUUGUGCCAGGAAAUGCCAGGAAUAUGAAUAUCAGAUUGUCCAUACGAGCAAGUCCCUUUGAACAGCAAGGGCCCUCAACGUGAGGGUCGGACCAUGUCAGUCUUCUUUUAAUCGACGUUUACAGCCUCGUCGCUUUGCGACACCGUGCACGACUCCCUGCACUCAUGUGCUCGCCACAGAGUUAUAUCAGUUUGGGCUGGAUUCGGUCAGCUGCAGACGCACUCCAUGUCUCAAGAGUCACACAUUGUCGUCAGCCUAUCGCG